GUUGUUUAGAAAUAUUCAAUGUACAAAAAAAAAAAAGAAGUGGCAUUCCCUAAAACAUAUAGACCAAUAAGAAUGAUUGUUUCUUAUUAUGAUUUAGUUGUUCGCUUAUCAUUUGUAAUAUAAACAUAACGACAUGCAAAUUGUAUGUAUGUUUAGGUAAAAAAAAAAUGAAAAAAAACUAGUACGUCAUGGAUAUAGUCAUUAUUACUAAUUGCAUUUUUUUUUCUUCUUGAAAUCAUCAACUUAGACCAAAGAUAUAAAUUUACUUGUCUAUUCACUCUUCUACAUCUCUAUCUCCUCUGUCCGUAUAUCGCUCAUUUCAUUUUAUGUGAUAGUGGAUAUAUCUCAUUUGAAUGGUUAUUUAAAACAGGUACACAAUUCUCUUUGAAUAAUGUGUAUUGGUUUAUGUGCAUAUGAAUUAAGAUAUUAAAUAGUACGGCAUAAAUUCAGAAGUGAAUUCAAGCCAAAUAUAUAUUGAUAGAUAGACAAACAUAUCAUAUUCUCGUAUAGAAAGUGUGCUCGUUUGAAAUAGUUUUAUUUGUUAUAUUAUGAGUAAGAGAUUGGAAACUGUGACUAGUCUUGAAUAUUAUUACAAUUACGUCAAAACAGGUUAACUAUUGUGACGCAUUAAAAUUGAGGUCAUCUUAUUCAAAUCAACUUUUUAUUAUUAGGAUACAUAACGACACGUGUAUACACACAAUACAUCAACAAAUACAUCUACAGUAAAUCCUCAGGUAUUGGAAGAUUUAACUUUGUACAUCUUUCUUUAAAGAAGAAUUUAGAUCAUUUUUUUCUGCAUUCGAGAACUUAUUUUCAUGGUUCAUAUUAUUUUUGGAAAUAUCAAAGAAAGGAAUUAAGUUUAUUGGAACAUCAACAAAAAAAACACAAUUUUUUUUCACUGAUUACUUCGUUUGAUUAAUUAAAACUCCUCAUCAUUAUCACAUGCCAACAUCGAAUGAAACAUACAUCUAUCCUGAUCCAUGCCCACAACAACAACAAACAACUAAAAUGCGUUCACCUAAUUCAAUUGAACAAAAUCGUACAGAAUCAAUGAAAGAUUUAGCGGAUUGUGUUGAACAAAAUGGUGGUCUUAGGGGAUAUUUAUCUAAUGAAUCCAUUCAAUGUUCCAAUAAUAAUAACAAUAAUCCAAAGCCAGCUAGUAUAAACGUAAAUACAACAAUGAGUAGUAUGAAUGAUAUUACAAUGACAUCGGAUCAGCAUAGCAGUAGUAAUAGUAUCACAGGUGGUGGUGUUAGUGGUAGUGAUGGAGAUCGAGAUGGAGGUGGUGUUAAUCAAUUUGGCAAGAAAAUUUCAAAAACCAAUUAUUCCACACACAAUCAUCCUCAUCAUCAUCAAUCACAAUUACAUCAAAAUGGCAAUGCGGGUACAGGAGCUGAGAAAAUGUCAAGAACGAAUUUAUACAUAAAAGGAUUACCAGAAAAUUUUGAUGAUGAACAAUUAUGGCAAUUGCCACCGGAUCAAACAAAAAUCAAAUCAGUAAAAGCAGCCACUGAUGAGGACACCAAAUGUCGGGGAUAUGGAUUUAUUGAUUUUGUCUCUGAAGAUGCUGCCAAUGAAGCAUUACAACAAAUUAAAGAAACUCAUCCAUCAUUUACAAUUAAAUUUGCAAAGGAAAAUGAAAAAGAUAAAACCAAUCUAUAUGUGACAAAUCUUCCAAGAACAUGGACAACAAAAGAUAGUGACCAGUUGAAAGCAGUAUUUGAACGAUUUGGUCAUAUACAAUCAGCAUUUGUUAUGAUGGAACGCUUAACCAACAAAACAACUGGUGUUGGUUUUGUACGGUUUGUCAAUGAACAAGAUGCAGUGAAUGCUUUAGAAUCUUUAAAAUUGCAUCCACUCACUUUACCUGAUUGUUCUGUUCCAGUCGAAGCGAAAUUCGCUGAUAAACAUAAUCCAGACACAAGAAGACGACGGUAUCCUGUCACAGCGACAACUGCAGCAGCCGCGGCAGCCGCAGCUGCCGCUGCCGCUGCCUCAGCAACAAUGAUUGCUAAUGUUAAUUAUAAUAAUCUAUUGAAUUGUCCUUUAUAUACAACACCAAAUGGUUUAACAUUAACAUCACAUGAUGCUUUAGCUUCAUUAUUAAAUACAGGUUUAGUUAGUCCAUCGAUUGUCAAUAGCCAAUUAGCAAAUUUCUCCGCUUUACAACAAAAAUCCACAACAGAUUUUACAUCACGUUUUAAUUCCGACUUAUUGAAUGGUUUUAUACAACCAACUAAAUUUUCUAAUGAUUCAUCGAACAAUACUACUUGUAAUAAUACCACUAAUAUUAGUCAUUAUAAUCAUAACAAUAGUAUAAAUAACAAUAAUACUAAUAAUGCUAAUGGUUUAGUUACUGAUUUCAAUGGUAGCGGAACACGUGAAUCAAAUUUAGCUGCAUUGGCGGCUGCCGCAGCCGCUGCGGCAUCAACUAUAUUCUGUGGAUCACCAACACCGAAUAAUUUCAUGAAUAAUUGUCUACGUUCUAAUCCUACUGUUAAUGGUACACCGAAUUUAAACGCCGGAUUAUUAUCCGCUAAUCAAAUUGCUCUACUUGGUACACCGACUAUUCCUUCUCCAGAUACAAAAUUAUUUGAUCCUAGUUUAUACGGAUGUUCAUUAUACGGGACUGAUUACUUUCGCCCACAACAACAGUCUCAUCAGCAUGCACAGCAACAGCAACAACAACAACAGUCUCAUCAACAAUCACAAAAACAACAACAACACCUACUUUCUGUUGCCAUGGCAGCAAUGACCAAUCCGACUUUACAAGGAUGUGUUUAUCCAACAACAGCUGACUUAAAUACUACUUUCAAUGCUACUUAUCAAAAUUUUUUGAAUUCACACAAUUCAACAACUAUUCCAAUACAAACUGAUGCACUUGGUAAUUGUUUAACUGGUACACCAGAGAAUAUUACUUUGAAUGGUACAAUUUAUGCCAAUCAUCCUCAUCAAUCCCAACAACAACAAACACAACAACAAAAUAAUUUACUUCCGUCAACACCAAUUCCAGGUUCCAUAACACAUAUUCCUGAUGCAUUAAAUAAUAGUACUAGACCAGAAAGUGGAUUAUAUCAAUGGUUAAUACCAAGUCAUUUACUUAAAACUAACGGUAAUAAUAAUAGUAAUACUAAUAAUAAUACUAAUAAUGAUUGUCAUAUGACAAUACCGGCUUCACCAGCGUUUUCAUUGAACCCUGCCAAUCAUUUAAUUGGAUUAGACAAAACCAAUCGACAUGUGCAAAUGUUAUUAUAAUCAAUAAGAAGUAUUCCGAUCAUGUUAAAAAUAACUGAGUCGACAAAGAAAUCGGAAGUCUUUUUGGUUAUUCAAUAAUAAAGAAAACAUUGAUAUCAUUCACUGUUCUUAAACAUACCUUUUCUUUCUUUCUUUCUUUCUUUCUUUCUUUCUUUAUCUCUCUCUCUCUCUUUACCCUCACUGUUUGUUUACAAUCAUUAUUUCUUUGUUAAUAAAACUAGUUUCAUGUAACGAAAAAAGAGAAUAAUUCAUGCUUAUAUUUCUGAAUAAGCAGACAACGUACAUACGUAUGCAUGUGUAAAGUUUGAGUGUGUGUGUGUAUAUGUGUGUGUAUGUGUGUGUGUGUAUUGUAAUGUGUUUGCACACAUGUAAGUGAUUUCUCAAAUUCAUUCUUGUAAUCAAUCGCUUAAUUGAUAAUUAAACAGGCAGGUUUUAUUUUAUUUUUUUUUAAAAAGUGCAUUGAUCGAUGAAGCAUUUUACAGGUUUUUUCUUUUUCAUUUUUGUUUGAUUUCUCCUUUUUUUUCUUUCUUUCUGUAUGUGGAUCUCUUCAAACUCUUCAAAGAUGAAUUAUUUCAUUAAUCAACGAAAUCAGUGAUAUGUGAUGUGUGUGUGUGUGUGAGUGCAUGUGAUUUCUUUUCUAUUCCGUUUUUUGUCUGUUAAUCAAUCAAUCAAUCAAUCCAGUCGAGUUGUUUCAAUGUGAAUCGAUUAUUGAUUGAUCAAUCAAUCAAUCCAUUUGAAUUCUUUGAUUAUUUUGUAUGUCUGUGUACACAACACAAUUUGUUGUUUAUUUAUUCAAUAAAUAAAAAAUGAUUGUUUUAAUGAUCCAUCUAUUUUGAACAAUUCGCCUUUCAAACCCACACACAUACAUAUAUAUAU